UGUCGAAGCGGCGCGCACCAAUGGCCUUGCCGCUGCACCCACGGCGCGCAAGCCUCUACUUCCAAACGAUAUUGGGCCGCGUCAGCGAUAUCCACGCCCGGGUCGCUGCUUUUCAGGUAUAUUGGUACUAUUAUCACCUCCACAAGUCGACAAUUCGCAUAGCGAUUCUACUUGGCCAGCUUGCAAGCAUGCAAGGUUGGAGCUCCAUGUCUGUUGUUUCGUGACGAAGACAGCGACGGUAUACCGUCAAGCGCUUUCAUUUCAGCCCAUGGCCAGACCCUCGAGAUACAACACGACGGCACAGUAGACACCAUUCACCUUGGCGAGGUGGAGUACGUUGUGUGCAGUUCCAACGCGGAUGGAACACUGCGGUGUCGGAUUCAUCACCGAUGUAGCCAAGUAUCCCUCGAGUUCUGUACGACAAACGUCCAAUGCAACCAACAGCACGACGAUGAGUUUACGUUUGCCCAGUGGGUGCUCGUCGUUGUGUGCACGGCCACAGCUUUGCGUCAAGACGUACAGGACAAAUCCACUCAACUUCUGUGGCAAGCCGCGAGGCUUCGUGUGGUGGAGCUCACAUGCUUAUUGGGAAUCAACCCAACGUUCACGGAAACUAGCCGUCACUUGGAGUGUAUUUCAUUCCUCGAAGCCAUUCAAGACACGCAACGUGUCCUUCAUGACAUUGCCGCCGAUGACGUUAGCGUCGACUUAGGCCGCUGUUGGUUCUUACGUGUGCAGCCACACCAGCUCAAUGAGUAAUCAAUGACAGCGUACUUCGUCCGACUUCGGAUUUUGGUGGUUCUAUUUGUUAGCCCUACCCUGUAUACUUCGUGCUCCACUAACAGUUCGUCGAUCUUGAGCUUUAUUACGAUAGGCAGCAGAAACAAGCGAUUGUUUAGUCGAGUUUGCGGCCUGGCGGGGGCUGGCGUCCUCGCAACCGUUCCUUUUGACGAAGGGCAACUUCGUCAAAGCGAGCCUUGGAAAGCUCUCGCUUGUGCCGCAAGUCGAGUUUCUUGGUGUCUAGCAUGGAAGGAACAGCCGGCGGCGUCGUGGCGUAGUCCUGAUUGUGAUUGACAUGGUCUGCCAACACCUUUUCGUUGACAUGGACUUGGCUCUCACAACCACAGGACGAGGAGCCAGACAGCACUGUUCUUGUAGGUGAAGGGGUCGGCAUCGCCGGACUGUGGCUGUUGUUGCUCCUUGCGAUGGUUUGGAGCUCCUUCAGCUGGACUGACAGCUUCACCGCUUGCUCUUGCAGCAACUCAAACUGCACUUCGACGGGGUUUCCAUGUGUUUGCUGUUUUGGAGGUUCACUGGACUUGACCAACGCGUUCGACACGGGGAGUGCUGUUGGUACUGAGCUUGAUGUGGAUACUGUGGAUUCGACCUCACGGAGAUUCAUUUGCACGGCGCAAAGCUGCUCUCGGAGUUCUUGAAACAUCUUGGUAGUCGUUUGAGUGAGUUGUUUCACGCUUGAAUCGAGAAUCUACUCGGCCCAAGUAAGGUACACUAGGUCGUCAAUACAUGUAUACCUCACGGUUUCGUUGGAGCAAAAUGUCUUGGAGCAGAGUUGCAGGAACGGUUGAUGCUAGGGUUUUCACGGAGUGCGACGCUGCUGCAGAGUCAGGGCCAGGACCAAGGAAUCCCCGGUACAGCGUCAUGAUACACGACUCAAUAUCGCUUAAUCUGUCCAUUUUCGACUUGUCCGCGGCUUGCAGGUUGUCACCUGUUCGUACAACUCAACGUUUUCAGCCGACUUAGGUCAACCGGUUGGUAUGCGUACGAGAAAUAUCUAGGAUGG